GAAGAAGAAGUAAAACGAAGAAGAAGAAGAAGUUUGUUUCCUUCAGCAAUCUUAUCAAGCAUGUUCACUAAUGCUACAGAUAGACACUUUCCAUUUCUUAUAUGUUACUGGACUUAUUAAGCUGUUUUAAAACGACUUAUAACGUAAGGUAGAAAAUACAUUCAGACUCAUACUUCGUUAGGUGGCGGUAUAAUACGUGUAGUUGUUUGAUAACUGCCAGAGAGGGAAGAAGAAGAAGAAGAAGAAGAAGAAGCAGAAGCAGAAGCAGAAGCAGCAACAGAAGAAGCAUGGCUGCUGACAUGAGAUUACCAACAAUUCAAAAACCACUGUCGCUAUCAGUUUCUGAUUUCGACCGAAAAGAUUUGGUCGUCCCCGGUGAUGUUAUUACUUCAGACACCGGCUUCAUGAGGGGUCAUGGUACCUACGUUGAUGAAGACAAGCUGACGGCUUCAGUUGCUGGAGAGGUGCAGAGAGUGGACAAGCUGAUCUGUGUCAGACCUCUUAAGACCAGGUUCAAUGGUGAGGUUGGAGAUGUGGUGGUUGGCAGAAUCACAGAGGUACAACAGAAACGGUGGAAGGUGGAGACCAACUCCCGGCUGGACUCUGUCCUCUUGCUGUCUUCUGUCAAUCUGCCUGGAGGAGAGCUGAGGAGACGAUCAGCCGAAGAUGAGCUCACCAUGAGAGAAUACCUUCAGGAGGGCGAUCUCAUCAGUGCAGAGGUGCAGUCUGUCUUCACAGAUGGAGCCCUAUCACUUCACACCCGUAGUUUAAAGUAUGGAAAAUUGGGUCAAGGAGUGCUUGUCCAGCUUUCUCCUUCUCUGAUCAAGAGGCAGAAAACGCAUUUCCACAACCUGCCAUGUGGUGCAUCCAUCAUCCUUGGGAAUAACGGCUUUGUGUGGUUGUAUCCCACACCGGAACAACAGGACGAGGAGGCUGGGGGCUUCUAUACCAGCCUGGAGCCUGUUGGUCUGUCAGAUCGAGAGGUGAUUUCACGGUUGAGAAACUGCCUCCUGGCUUUGGCUGCACACAAGGUCCUUCUGUUUGACACCAGUGUUCUCUAUUGCUAUGAAUCUUCAGUUCAUCACCAGGUUAAGGACAUCUUGAAACCAGAAGUGAUGGAGGAGAUUGUAAUGUUGACGCAACAGAAGCUGUUGGAUCAGGAAGGUUAAAGAGCACAGCUCCUGAUCAAGCAGCCAUGUCAGAGACUGACCACCUAUCCGAGGACUGAACUGGCCUUUUUUUUCCAAGAACCUUUCUUAUUGUGACAAUUCUGUUGUGAAGAACAGCUCAAAGUGUAUUUUAUGUAACACAACUUAUGAUUAUUGUUUGAUUGCUUGUUGGAAUGAUAGGUAGAUCUGCAGCAUUCAGAAAUCACUUGAGCACCUGUUCUUUUGUUUUACAGAGGUAUAGUGGAACCCUUUUGAUAAUGUGUGGUGUUAUACAAAAGAAAUGUUGUAUGCAAUACAUUUUCUAUAAAUGACA